UGGCUGCCUGUCUCCGUCUCGCAUAACCCUACUUUCUCCCUCCUCUUCAACUUUGCUCUUCCCGUCUCCUCUCUUCCUUUUCCUUCCUUUCCUCUUUCUCUCUCUCUCUCUCUCUCUCAUCUCCUCUUUUCUCUCUAUUCAAUUUAUCAUCCCUACGGUUAUCUCUCACCCUGCCAUCUAUCUUUACUCACCUACGGUCCUCCAUUCAUUUCCUCCUCUUAUUUCAUAUUCACCUUCUCCUCGUGGCCUACCUGUUCGACCAUACCUCCUCCCUUAGGGCUAGAUCCCUCGCCGGCUCGGGACUUUGCGCUUCAACAGGUGGUUCUAGCUUAUUGUGUCCAGCUCACUAGACAGAACAGAUUCCGUCUCCCAUCUUUUCGUAGUCCUCCGCUCCGCCGUGUUUCCUGCUCAUCAUGUGUCCCAUGAUGCUCAACAGUCUCUCCGAUGGCCCAGCGAUGGUCAUGUCCCCUCCCCAGGAGCACGCUUUUCUUCAAUAUCCUCAUCAAUCCCGGUUCAACCCUGGUGCUGAGGCUUACAGAGGCUCUGGCUUCGCAACAUCAUCGAAUGCCUUCACUGCCAAACCCUCCCGCAAGAGGUCGCGGGAUGAUGUUGGGUUCGAAGAUGAGGUCCAGAGCUCCGGUGGACCUGUCGUACCAGCCCCAGUCCUUGCAGUGCAAAAAGAAGAGAAACCCAUUUACGGUCCCGGCAUGGUUUUGCUGAAUCCUCGUACCAAGAUGGCCAUCUCCGCUGAAAGUCAAACCGGCACGUGGUACGAGGAGACGGCGGAGAAAACUGUCAACAAGGCUGCCCCGAUCUCGUCUCGGUCUCAGAUGCUCCAAUCAGGCACUGCCGACAAUCUCAGUCGCAAGUCACAGCGCCUCGACCCUUCCGCCCCGACUGUCGACGAUAUCACCUUGUCUUCCAUCCAAAGCCAGCUGAACGACACCAGCAACACCGACGACAACCGCCGUCUCCUUACUGCCAGCUCUCGCCUUUCGCCUGAAGAACCCACAGUCGACGAUGCCACCCGCCUACUGGGUAUCAGUUGGCAGCGAAUCGCCACCGAAGACUCGGACAUGGCGGCGGCCGUGCGCGGAUGGAAGAAGUACAUUGAUCGUCAAUUUUCGGCGUACCUGAUGGACUCUGAGAUCCUCAUGAAGAACCGAGCACUGAACGCCUAUCUCGUCACUGCACGCCCGAUCACUCCCAUGGGCCCUGCAUUCGUGCCUGCUUUCUUCCUUUUCAGCGACGACCUCACCCAGGCACAACUUGUGGGCUCCAGUUGGGAACUGUGCCUUCAAAAUUUGCGUUCCAACCCGAUAGUCUUCGAAGGAUCUCAAAUCCUGAGCGCUUCCGACAAGCCUGCUCAGACCCCGUUUGCUGCAGGGACGCAAACCCUCCUUGGGGCGACUCAGCGCGAGUCUGGAUUACCUCUCUUGCAAACCCUCUGUGCCCAGCCCACCAUGGUUGACACCGGCCUUGGUGCUGGAUUGAACAACAGCGUAGGAAUGGGGACGGGGAUGGAAGUCGACACGUAAAGCCAAGGCAGCACGGCUACCCAUUCAACGAUUGUCUCCGCCAACGACGACCGC